CACUCCAUUCACACCACCUCCCCCUUCCCUCCGGAGUCCGCCGCGCCUCCGCUGGAGCCAUGCGCAGCAGGGGUCGCCAUUGCGCUUGCCACAGACGAUGAGCACUUCGCAAUCCCCGCUGACCCGACGCUCCUUCCUCUCCCCAAAGCGCUCCUAUGACUCCCGUCAUCUCCUGCCAUACCGUAUCAUACCUUCUCCUUUGCCGCUCGCACUCGCUGCCUUGGAACUACAUCGAAUCGAACAUGGACAACUGGGUGCAUCCAUGUCCGACCCUCCACGAAAUCACCGAGCACGCUGCCGCGUACCUGGAGCUGCUCGUCCUGGCGUCGGGCUUUCAGAGCAGCGGCCAGCCAUUCUCCUGGACGCCCGCCAACCUGCGCAAAGCCCUUGCCUGGGCCUCCCAUCUUGAGCAGAGGGUGGCGGAUCUUUCUCCAGCGGCGGAGGGAAUGGAAUCGAGGAGGGCUCUGGACUCUGCACUUGCUAAGCUCACGGCUUCCGCACCAACUUAUCCAGCGGGUUUGCGAUGUCUUUCUUCUAUUGACCUGAGUAGUGCUCGGAGACUUCUGAUACAGGCUCUGCUUCAAGCAGUAGUGCCAGAUCCUGCCUACUUUGAAUCCAUCGUACAUUGCUUGAGUCGGAAAGAUGAGAAUGAAGGAGAGAUAGGUCAUGACGUAAAAGAACUAGUCUCCGCAAGAAAUCGAGCCAUUAGAAGCGCAGAGUGUAUUGGAAAUUUCGUCGAUACUGCCUUGGGCUGUCUUACUUUUGAGAAAAAGCCGCUCACGCCUCUCACAUCCAUCUGGCGAACAUCGUUGACCAGGGGUACCAGUAUCUCAGCUGUUGAAAUAGUAGAUGGAAUGUAUUGUGAGGUUUGGGCAAGAAACGCUGUGGAGUACGUGACAUCAUUCACCACCGUGUAUAAAACAGCAGCAGCCAACCUCAUCUUCAAAACAAGAGAAGAAGGUUGGCGGAGGGUGCUCGACACUUCACUAGCUUCCACAUCAAGCACCUUGAUUGGUGAUGGCUGUGGCAGUGGAACUGAGAUCGCAGAGCUAUGUUGCCUACAGUUGGGAUUCUCCGAAUGCAGAAAUCUCGCUUUCAGGAUUUUCACCUCCACGCUAAACGAAAAUGUUGCAACUGAAGAACUUGUAUGUCAUGCUGGCCGAGAACAAGUAAGGCACAGCGUGCCAGAUUUAUCAGCGGAAAAGCUGGUUAGUAUCGAGACCGUCUUGGCAGAAAUCCUCGAAAAGCGGGUCGAUGUAUGGUGGAUACUUCCACCUGUGCUUUUAGCUGGGGUCUGUGCAUCAAGGUUUCGGAUGUUGAAGACUUACCUCCACACGAUAACUAGAGGACUGGAACAAAAUGUUCGUUUCUGCAAGUGUCCCUGCCACCAACGAAGCAGCAAUUGCCAAACCUGCCGGCAGUGCACGAACGUCCUGUUGGAGAGGCUCUGGUGCUUUGGCGUGCAUCAUCCACAACUGAAGAACUUUAAUACUCAAGAACUGAUUAGUACUUGUAACUAUCUUCUGUUCCAGGCCAAAAGAAGACCAAUUUAAAAUUAAUAAAAAUAAAAAAACAAAAA